GGGCAUGACGGGCAAAGGGGUGGGGCACGGCGCGGGGGCGCGGGUGGCUCGCGCUGUGCGCGCCCCGGCGGCGGCGUGGUCCUGGUGGGCUGCGGUCCGCGCGCUGCCGCGGCCGCCCUCUUCGGAGGUGGGAGGGGCAGACGGAGCAGGCGCGGGCCCGGCGGAAGCCAUGUUUGUGGCGCGCAGUAUCGCGGCGGACCAUAAGGAUCUCAUCCAUGAUGUCUCUUUCGACUUCCACGGGCGACGGAUGGCUACCUGCUCCAGUGACCAGAGCGUCAAGGUCUGGGAUAAAAGUGAAAAUGGGGAUUGGCAUUGUACUGCUAGUUGGAAGACACAUAGUGGAUCUGUGUGGCGUGUGACAUGGGCCCAUCCUGAAUUUGGACAGGUUUUGGCUUCUUGUUCUUUUGACCGAACAGCUGCUGUGUGGGAAGAAAUAGUAGGAGAAUCAAAUGAUAAACUGCGAGGACAGAGUCAUUGGGUUAAGAGGACAACUCUAGUGGAUAGCAGAACAUCCGUUACCGAUGUGAAAUUUGCUCCUAAGCAUAUGGGUCUUAUGUUAGCAACCUGUUCGGCAGAUGGUAUAGUAAGAAUAUAUGAGGCACCAGAUGUUAUGAAUCUCAGCCAGUGGUCUCUGCAGCAUGAGAUUUCAUGUAAGCUAAGCUGUAGUUGUAUUUCUUGGAACCCUUCAAGCUCUCGUGCUCAUUCUCCCAUGAUAGCUGUAGGAAGUGAUGACAGUAGUCCAAAUGCAAUGGCCAAGGUUCAGAUUUUUGAAUAUAAUGAAAACACCAGGAAAUAUGCAAAAGCUGAAACCCUCAUGACAGUCACAGAUCCUGUCCAUGAUAUUGCCUUUGCUCCAAACUUGGGAAGGUCUUUCCACAUUCUAGCCAUAGCAACCAAAGAUGUGAGAAUUUUUACAUUAAAGCCUGUGAGGAAAGAACUUACCUCCUCUGGUGGACCAACAAAAUUUGAAAUCCAUAUAGUGGCUCAGUUUGAUAAUCAUAAUUCCCAGGUCUGGCGAGUGAGUUGGAAUAUAACAGGAACAGUGUUAGCAUCUUCAGGAGAUGAUGGCUGUGUAAGAUUAUGGAAAGCUAAUUAUAUGGACAAUUGGAAGUGUACUGGUAUUUUGAAAGGUAAUGGGAGCCCUGUCACUGGGAAUUCUCAGCAGGGAAACUCAAAUCCUUCCCUAGGUUCAAAUAUCCCAAAUCUUCAAAAUUCAUUAAAUGGAUCUUCUUCUGGCAGAAAGCACAGCUGAGUACCAGCUAACUGGAGUAACUUUGCUGUUUUGCUGCUUGUUGCAUGCACACAGGAAUGGAAAGCGAGCUCCUUUUCCCCUUCCCCAGCGCCGUUUGACCUCUCCCAAGAUACACCAGCAGCCUGCUUACUACUAAACGCAAUCCAAAAGGCCUUUAAAAAUACCGUGUAUAUCAUUUUUUUUUGUACUAGCCAGUUUAUUGACACUAUUUGAAACUUUUGAAAUAUAAAUGGAGAGGCUUUUUGUUGAGACAUUGUCACCAAAACAAUUUUUUGAAAUGUUCCCGAAACUAACAUGGGUUUAAAAUUAAAAGGAUUGUUACUAUCCUUGUAAGUAGUUGGGAGGAGGGAAAAUACCACUUUAUUCCAUUUGGAGAAUAUAGGCUUAUUUCUUUUGUUUUCUAAAACAGUAAGCAAAAAUGAUGAAUUUUUAUAAUUUUAAUUUGAAGAUUGAAUAAAUAUUUUUCAUAAAGAUUGUUUUGAGUGCUAAUCUGUUUAUUACCUUUUGUAGAAUUGGCUUAUACGUGAUCUUAUUUAAUACAACUCUGUCAUUUCUUUGUAAUAUUUAAAAAAUAUUAGUAAAGGAGUGAGAGAAGUAGUAGUGAAAUGAAAGUAAUUUGACUGUACAGUUUGUGGCCAAAUUAAACAUAUGGUAUUGCUUCAUUUAUAAUAUGGUAGUAAAAUGAAAACAUCUUUGUAAGUUUUCAAUUCAUAUUCACUAAAGAGCUAAAUGUUUCUAAUAUGUGCUUGUAUAUUUUUUAUGGUGUAAUUCCAUGGCUUAAGUUUUCCUUCAAGUCAAAAUUUGGAAACAUACUAUAAGAGGAGCAGUUAAAAAUUUGCUGAAAUUGUGCAUGCACAUUAACCUCCACAUUCCAAGCCUCAGGAUUUUAAUUUAGUUGGCUGCUUCAUUUAGUUCAUAUUCUUUAGAACUUUGACCUUGAUGACAAAGCUAGAAGUCUUUGUUUGCUAAUGUGCUUAAGUAUUACGGGUAAGUUAUAAAAUGGCAGAAGAAUAACAAUAGGACAUAUUCUUUGAGCUCUUUUACUUAUCAAAAUUUUGUACUAUUUAAAGUUUUUGCAGAAAAGCAGCUAAGUGUUUUCAAAGAUUGUAUUUCUUCAGAAGUAUAUUGCAAUAGCUGGCCAUACUUUGUGAAAGUAUAUUUGGAUUGGUUCUCAGUGUCCUGUAUGCACUACAAAACAUGUGCCUGCUGCUACUACAAACGAAGCAUUGCUUAAAAUAAAAAGCUUAUUAGAUUUGUAAAUUUCCAGGAUCGCAUCAAAUAUGUUUCUGAAAGAUUAGAAAAUGUUUUAAAUUAUAAAAUGUCUUUUUUUGUAACAUUCAUACUGAUAAUUUUUUUUAACAUUUUAAGUUUAACAGAUUGUAUUUCUUUCUUUCAAGUUUCUAUACUUGCUUAAGCAAGCUUGAUUUGAGUAAGGGUCUUGAUUUUUGCGAUUAUGUUCUGUUAGUUUUGGCAUGAAUAUACUAAAGCUUUUUUUUUUUCCAGCAUGUGUUUUCUCCUCUUUGGUUCUCUUUGUAUUUACUACUUUUCUCUUUUUCUUCUGUUUUUUUUUCUUUUUUUUUUUUUCUGUUGUUUUUGUUUUGUUUUGGUGUUUUGUUCCUGUCUUCAUUGUUUCAGGUAUUUCUUUCCCCCUCUGGAUUCCCCACGGGCUGGAUCGAGAUGGUCCAGUUAUGCCCAGCUCCUUCCUCCUCCUCCUCCUCCUCUGGUAGAGCACUCUUGCGAUGCUGACACUGCCAACCUCCAGUAUCCUCACCCUCGCAGACGAUCUCUCUCUCGGCCUCUUAAUCCCUUACCUGAGAAUGAAGGGGUUUAAAACACUGAUUUAACACUUAAAGGCCUUAUUCAAGUGCUUGUAAAUGCUUUCAUUCCUGGCUGCUUUUUGUUUUUCUUCAUUUUCUUUCAGAAGAUUUUUCUAAGUUAGGGUCCGUCUUGCAUGUAUUACAACCAGAACACAGUGUUUGGAACCUAAAUGUGUUUGUGCCUCUGCAUCAAAGGAACAUUUGCCUCACUGGUUGAUAACCUUUGAUGAAAUGCGAUAAGUACAAGUAACGUGAACUAUGAGAUUUACAGUAGCUGAUUUCACUUUCAAAGUGCCUAUUCGUUUUAUCUUGAACUGUUAUGGUGUUAAUUUUCUUAUGGUUUGUCAUUCUGGUUAAUGUGAAAGCAUAUCAUAGAGUUCACUUUGCCUUUGAGACAUAUUAAGAAAUGUUUUAAAAUUUACAGGCUAAUGUUGGAUCUGACUAGUUUGUAAAAUAAAUCAUUCCUGUGUAUAAAGCAGCAAAACAUAA